UUCCUCAACACCACCUUAUGACGAGGGUUGGUAUUAGGUAAAUCAACAUAUACCAGGUAUUCUGGUAGGGGUGCCUGAUUAUCUUGCAUUGAAGAUAAAUAAGCAUGUUUCGCAUUGUGUGGCUGGACUACUAUCACUUCCCACCAAGUCAAGUCACCUGUCGGAGUUCCACGUUUGGUCGAGACACCGUCUUACGGCAACGGACGCUCCGUAUACCCUUUGUCUCCUACUUAUCUAUCGUUGUACCUCGAUUCGGAAGACGGCUCCGAUUCGGUAUUAAUCAUGGAGAACCUGAAGGACUCGCUACCUCCAGGCAUGGCAGAUGCGGCUAUCAACAUUCCAGGCGUUGGCGCUAUACUGCAGCUUCUCCUUAACAAACUCGGUUUCGAUGUCGGAAGCACAAUGUCUUUAUAUCUUUUACUUUUCGGUCUAUUCCAAGGUGCGCUGUUCAUGUACACUCAGGGACGUGGAUUUAUAUUAGGGCACGGUACCUCAGCAAUAAGGAUAGACGAUGAUGAUGACUUAUACCCCCAAUUUAUAUCCUGGAUAUCAGAACACCGCAUGACAGAAGUCAGCCGAGAUCUAAAAGCCACAUCCAAAAAGCCCAGAGCACGAGGCGACGAAAUAGACAACGACGAUGCCUCAGAGGCAGAUUUUGAGGACGUCUUGGACGACUCUGGCAUUUUUAAUUACGAAAAGUACAAGGGUACUAGUCCAACGUACUACGAACCCAACAUGGGUGACGACAGCUUCACCCACAACGGUCAUUACUUCCAGUUCAGCAAGGACUGUCAGGAGAAUAAGUACCAAGAGCGCAUUGAGUACUUCCUCAUCAUUCGUUGUAUGGGCCGUAGCACGAAGCCGGUCAAGGACCUAAUAGACCAUGUUAAGGAGUGGUCGGCGCACAAGCCUAACAAGACGACUGAGAUCAUGCGCGCUGAGAUAAAACAUGGUGGGUAUUGGCACGUUCAGUCGAAUCGCCCUUCACGACCGAUUAGCACAGUGACGCUGGAUGAAGCGCAGAAGAACAAGGUCGUUGCGGAUAUCAAUGAGUACCUUCACCCAGCUACUGCUCGGUGGUAUGCUGCACGCGGUAUUCCGCACCGCAGAGGAUACCUUUUUCAUGGUCCUCCUGGUACCGGUAAGACGUCGUUGAGCUUUGCCGUGGCUGGCAUCUUUGGACUGAGCGUAUAUUGCGCUUCGCUGAGUGAGCGAGAUAUGAGCGAGUCGGAUCUUGCGUCGCUAUUCGGGCAGCUACCGAAUCGCUGUAUCGUCUUGUUGGAGGAUAUUGACAGCGCAGGUAUCCGGCGAGAUAAAUCCUCUGUAAUUCCAGAACAAGAGCAUGACUCUGCCGUUAACGAGUCCGACAAGUCGUCUGCUCCAGCGCCAACAGAGAAGGUGACAGAAGAGAAGGAAGACAACAACGACAACAAAUCCGAAAACAAAUCCGAAGAGAAGCAGCAUGAUAGCGUUGAAAUGGAGAAGAAAAAGUCCAUCCGCAGACGCAUAACGCACUCACUCCAUCCCCGCAAAUCUUCCAGCAAACCCAACAGCGAGACUACUACCCUUGCCACCACAGCCUCGUCACCAGCCUCCGCACCCCCAUCCGUCCUCACACCCGCACCCAGCAUAAAAGAAGUCGCCACCAGCACCAAACCAACUUCCACGCCAACUCCUCCUCCUCCUCCUCCUCCGCCACCCAUCGACGAAGAAGGCAGCAAGAGCAAAAUCUCACUUGCAGGCCUCCUCAACAUCAUUGACGGCGCCGCGUCGAGCGAAGGCCGCGUCCUCAUCAUGACGACGAACUACCCCGAGAAACUCGAUUCAGCGCUCAUACGCCCUGGGCGCGUGGAUCUGCAAAUCAAAUUCACACUAGCGACGAGGACGCAAGUGGAAGAAAUCUUCAGACGCAUGUAUAGUGAUGAGGCGGAUGGUAAGAAGUGUGAUGGUAGUGAUGGAGGAGAAAAGAAAUACGCACCAGAAAAGAAGGGUAGUAGUAGUAAUGAUAAGAGGAAGGAGGAGGCUAGGUGGGGGGCCACAGGUAACAAGUCGCCAAACUUUGCGACGUUGCCGCCAGAUCAACUUACGGAAAUGGCGAGGCAGUUUGCUGAUGCGCUGCCUGAGGCUGUCUUUUCGCCGGCUGAGAUUCAGGGGUAUUUGUUGCAGAAGAAGAGUGAUCCGCAGGGUGCGUUGGAUGGGGUGGGGGAGUGGAGGGAUGCGGUGCUUGAGGCGAAGAAGAAGGGGAAGAAGGUUAUUGAGUUGAAGUGAGUGGGUAUCUCGAUAAGUGCAUGAGGUACUGGUGUUCUAGCGUUGGUUGGUCUUGACUUUGUCGGCGUUAUUCUUUCCAUGCAUGUGGCUAUAGGCCUGGUGUCAGGUCUAGUCUGGCAAUGGUUUAGGCAAAAAGUUGGGCCAAGAAACAUAUAACUGCUUGUAUACGGCCGAGUGGACGGGAAGCCCAAGGUUCGGGCAUGUUGGCGAGCGGCAUUGUAAUAUUCUCACUAAGCUGGAUCUGGCAGCGCAUACGCGCCAUGACCAAUGACCCCACCCAUAAAGGCUUCUAGGGCG